UAAUAACCCACUAAAAAGAGCUUGAAAGCGCUGACAGUGAUGGCCUAUUCUCGCUCAUGCAUUGACUCCUGAGCUAUAUUCAAUGCAACAAUUCUGGGCAGGAAUGUCGGCUGAAGCAGCUGCACUUCUCCCCUUCGUGACACUGCUCUAGCUGGGUGGCAAGCCCAUUCAGAGCUAUGGCGGACCGAGCCGCCUCUGAAGUUGUAGCGAAGAGGUGCGUCACCAUCAACACAAGCAAGAACGUCAACCAACCGAGGCUGCGGAACAAGGUUGCAAACACCAAGUACACGUUGCUGACUUUUCUGCCCAAAAAUUCGAUGGAACAAUUCAGCCGCUUCAUGAACAAGUACUUUCUGAUCAUUGCGGUGCUCCAGCUGUGGCCGCUGAUCACGCCCGUGAACCCGCUCACCACAUGGGGCCCCCUCCUGUUCAUUUUUGCCGUCACCUCCAUCAAGGAGGCAUGGGACGACCUCGGGCGCUGGAAGAUGGACAAGGAGGCUAACCAGAAGCGGGUUUGGAUAACCAGGGACGGCCAACGCGUUCCUGUGAUGGCCCAAGAUGUGUGCGUAGGCGACGUUGUGUGGUUGCAAGAGGACGACGAGGUGCCGUGUGACAUCGUGUUGCUUGGGACGGCGGAUCCGCUGGGACACUGCUACGUCCAGACGGCGGCUCUGGACGGGGAGACCAACUUGAAGACCCGCUACGUUGCAUUACCAACAGAAGAAACAGCCUCCAUUGAGAAGAUGGUACAUAUAACGGGAUCCAUCGAAUGCCCCCUCCCCAACAAGGACGUGUCCCGCUUCGACGCCUUGUUUCGUCCCGCAGCCGGGUCUACCGACGACGGCCUGGUUCCACUGAGCAUCGAGAAUACGCUCUUGCAGUCGUGCUACCUCAAGAAUACCGCCUGGGUUUGUGGCGUUGCCGUCUACACAGGCAACGAGACGAAGCUGGGCAUGAGCCGCGGCGCCACCCCGGUGAAGCUGGCCGCAACGGACGCCGUAAUUGACCGGCUGACGGGCGCCAUCUUCGCGUUCCAGAUUUUGGUCGUUGCGGUCAUGGGCGCCUCAGGGGACGUCCUCAAGGAGCGCCAGCGGCACCGGCUGUGGUACCUGGAGUACCCCCGCCGCGAGCGCUGGUUCGACUUUUCGGUCAUCCCGCUGCGCUUCGAGCUGCUGAGCUCCAUCAUGAUCCCCAUCUCGCUCAAGGUGACGAUGGAUCUGGUGAAGGCGGCCUACUCCAAGUUCAUCGACUGGGACCUCCAGCUGUAUGACGCAGACACCGACACGCCCGCGCGCGCCAGCAACACGGGCAUCCCCGAAGACCUGGGCCAGGUGCAGUACAUUUUGACGGACAAGACGGGCACGCUGACGGAGAACGUAAUGCUGCUCAAAAAGUGCGGUGUCCGCGGGCGGGCGUACGGAGAGACCACGGGAGACGUUGUGACGGACCCGGACCUCCGGCGCGCGCUCGAGCGCGCGGACUCAGCAGAGGCGCAGCUGGUGUUGGCGCUGGCGGUUUGCAACACGGUGGUACCUGUCCAGAAGCGGGGCGUGCGCAGCUUCAAGGUGGCGUCCCAAGACGAGCUGGCGUUCGUGAGCGCAGCGGCGGAGCUGGGGUUCACUCUGGCGAGCAGGGAGGGGCAGACGCUUGUUGUCGCGCUAGGUGAAGAGAGUGCCCGCUUCGAGCUGCUUGAGACGCUGGAGUUUUCGCCGGAGCGCAAGCGCAUGAGCGUGGUGGUGCGCGAGCGGGCGUCGGGGCGGCUGAAGCUGUACACCAAAGGCGCGGACGAGACCAUCUUCCCCAGGCUGCGAACAGGUGAGGAGACGGCCUCGACGGCCGCGCUGCUGGAGGACUAUGCGCGGCAUGGACUGCGAACCAUGGUGGUGGCGGCGCGCAGCGUUGACGAGGACGAGUAUGCGGAGUGGGCGGGCAAAAUGCGAGAGGCACGGGUGGCGCUCCAAGACAGAGACGAGCGGACGGCGGAGGUGGCUUCGCUGUUGGAGACGCGGCUCGAGCUGCUGGGGUGCACUGCGAUCGAGGACAAGUUGCAAGAGGGCGUGCCGGAAACCAUUGCCCUGCUGCGGCGCGCGGGGAUCCGGUUCUUCAUGCUCACGGGAGACCGCCAUUCUACUGCCGUGCAGAUCGCCAAGGCGUGUGGGCUGGCUGGCUCAGGUUCUGCGCAUCAGAUAUUACGGGUACAGGGCACAUCUCCGCACGAAGUGGGCGACAGCUUGCUGCGCAUACUGUCCCUGCUUAAGGAAAACACCCGGGAUCGGACGCUUCUGGUCGAGGGUUGGGUGUUGGACAUCGCAUUGCAGCACCACGCGGACGCUUUUGCGGACAUUUGCCGCCUGGUCCGGACCGCCAUCUUCUGCCGCGCGGCGCCCAUCCAAAAAGCGCAGCUUGUUGCCGUCGUGAAGGGCUUCGGUGUACGUACGUUAGCGAUCGGCGAUGGCGCCAAUGACGUGCGCAUGAUCCAGGAGGCCCACGUGGGGGUGGGAAUCAGCGGAAGGGAGGGCCUGCAAGCGGCGCGCUCUGCCGACUACAGCAUCGCCAAGUUCCGGUACCUGGCCCGCCUGAUCCUGGUUCACGGCCGUCACUCGUACCUCUGCACCGCUUUCGUCGCGCAGUACUCCAUCUACAAGUCGCUCGCGCUCUGUUUUGUACAGAUCAUGUUCGCGUUCUUCUCCGGGGUUGCCGGGACGAGCCUGUUCAACUCGUUCAGCCUGACCACGUACAACGUGCUCGACACCAGCCUGCCCGUCCUGGCUUACGUCCUCAACCGGGACCUCGCUGACGUCACGGUGACGCAGCACCCGGAGCUCAUGCAAGACGCCCAGCAGAGCAGGCUGCUGAGCAUCGAGACAUUCACGCACUGGUUCGCGCGCGCGCUCUUCCACGCUUGCGCGGUGGUCAUGCUGACGUCAGGCGCCUACUUCCUGACGGGCGCCAGUCUGGAGGAAGCGGCGCUGGCGGCCUUCUCCGCGUGCGUCUGGGUCGUCACUCUAGUUGUCGCCGUUGAGACCCACUCCUUCACGGCCUACCAACACGUGGCGCUCUGGGGCACGGUGCUGACGUUCUACGGCGUCAGCCUGUUCGCAAGCGGGUACCUGUGGAGCGGUAUGUACCGGGUGGUCGGGCGCAUGCUGUUUAAUCCUCGCUACGGGCUGCUCCAACUGCUGAUAUGUGUGGUCAGCCUGGGGCCCAUUCUGGUGACCAAGUACUACCGCUUCUUCUACCACCCUAGCCUGAGUGACAAGCUCCUACAGCUGGAAAAAGAGAGGACUGACCCCGCGGACGCUCUUGCCGAGUCCGGGACCAUGUACAGCCGGCUCCUGGGCACCUCCGCUUCGCAGAAUGAGUUGAGUAGACAGCGGUUGAUAUCAGAAACUGAGCAGCUCUAG